AUGCCUCUCAUGCGCAGGAGCUCAAGCAAGCACAGGCUUAUGUGCGGAAGAACAUGUCCACCUCUUCUAAAGAUGUAACGAAAUCGUCACCCACCUCAACCUCGCUCGCCCACAAGCUCUACAAGUAUACCCCGCUAUGGCUCAUCACCUUCCUCUCCCUCUCCAUCGCCUACCUGAUCUUCCGAUCUUACACCGCCCUCCAGCUGGAUCUGGGAACAUGGGGUUGUCGGAUGAGUUGGAUGAGCCCGAAUUAUAUCAAGAUGGAUGGACCGAGACGGGAGGGGAUGGGUGGGCUGGAGGACAAGUAUGGGUUGUGGCUGUACCGCGAAGGAGGGUUACAGGGACAUCUGGAGACGACGGGUCAGCCGGUCUUGUUCAUACCAGGCAACGCAGGGUCUUCGAAACAAGUCCGAUCCAUCGCUUCGUCGGCGGCUCAUCAGUAUUUCGAGUCCCGGACGAACAAGGACGACCCGCGGUUCCGCAGUCGGCCGGGCGUACCAAAAGCCGGGGAUUGGGAAGAGUUGGACUUUUACACUGUCGACUUCAACGAAGAGUUCUCCGCCUUUCAUUCACCUUCUAUACAAGAUCAAGCGCAUUAUGUCGCUCAUUCUAUCCGGUACAUCGUAUCCCGCUAUCCCUCUCCUCGGAGCAUCGUCCUCCUCGGGCAUAGCAUGGGUGGGAUCGUAGCCAGGCUCUGCUUGACCCUAGUGCAGUCGGGGUACGAUGAGCCGAGGGACGACAUCUCCAACCUGGUCGCUGCGAUCAUCACCAUGUCGACACCUCACGCGAUGCCUCCAGUAUCGAUCGACAGCACGAUGGAGAAGAUUUAUGCCGACAUCAAUGCGUAUUGGGAGCAAGGAGUCCAGGUGCCUGUGCUCGUCUCUAUAUGUGGAGGUACGGCCGAUACGCAGAUCUCCUCCGACGCAUGCGUAUUGCCGCAACACAAGAACACCAGUCAUCCAGUCACUGGUGAUAGCGAUACUUUCACCGUGUUCUCAACAGGAAUGCAUGGGAUCUGGACAGGGGUGGACCAUCAGGCCAUGGUCUGGUGUGACCAGAUCCGAUCACGUGUGGCUCGAGCGGUCCUCGGCUUACAAGCCGUACUGUCGAAGAAGAACAAGGAUGACGCCAGAGACGACAUGGUGGAGAUCUUACGAACAGAAUUCCUCGGACAGGCACCGAAGAGCGUCCUGAGGCCGUCUAGCCCAUCACGGACGUUGCCGAGUACGGGCGUCGUGACAAUGACGCCCCAGGAUCCAAUUAUUCGAGGGCGAAGUGGCGGAACGCACCUGGUCGAAUGCUCUGACGGCGGAGACGGCGGAUGUACCCUCCAGCUCUUAGGCGAAUUUUCCGUCCGCGGCAUUGGGCCGGAUGGAAAACCUGCCUUGGAUAUCCUUACUGGCGAUCGACCUGGCGAAAAGCAGCAUGAUGGACAUGUAGUGGCUGGUUUGGACACUAUCGAGAUCUUGCCACCUUCUGCACCCGUAUCUUCACACUCUCCCCUUGAAGCGUUCCCUUUACCGGGAGAAGGAGUCCGAGCCGAUGCCGGCUUGACGUACGUUCAGCUGCGUUUCCUCAAGAAGGCUAUCAUCGUUAGUGAGCCGAAGACAUGGGCAGUGGUGAGCAUGCAAGGCGAUACCAGCGGCCAGCACUGGAAGCCGAUCCGACGCCACUGGCACUUUGAUCGGCUUGACCAUUCUUUGCUGGCUCAUCGUCUAGCAUUGGACAGACAAGCUGGCAAGAGGUGUUCCGAUCUGUUGGCUCCCAUAAUAAGACACACCGCUCAGUCAAGUGGGACCUUAACAGAAACGCAUGAGAGCCGGUAUCAUCCUCGAGCGAAUGCAUCGGUCCUUCUGCAUUCGCACACCGCUGCGGCACCUUUCAUAUCGUCCUCAGACGGCAAAGGCUUCUCUGUCGAGGUAUUCCAGGAUCCUUCUGAUGAUUGCUGGCUUGAAGGGGCAUCGCUCAGCGUGGAUUGGGCUUCAGCACCUGGCCUCCUGGUACUUCGCUAUCGAACAGUAUUGAUCGCAUGGGGCAUAGGCUGGAUCGCUCUCGUAUGGGCAUGUCAAAUGCGUGCAUAUCGCAGUACAGGUGUAUAUCCUACGUUCUCGAACUCGCUGCUCGGCUUGCUUGGCAAGGAGGCUUUAUUAGUAGGAUCGACAGUCAUAGCGGUCGGUGCCUUGCAAUGCUCUUCAUUCGCGCCAAUACUGGUUGAUCGUCCCGAGCAAUACCUUCUCGGAAACACCUCGUGGACACUGGUGCCACUGGUCGUUCCCGCACUACUCCUUGCUCUGGGUGUGGUUUGGAUCAGUCACAUCGGUUUGACAGUAGUGAUACGGGUCUGGUCCCCUGUCAUCUCAAAAUUCUCGCAUCCGCCAAGAACUUCGCCUCCAGAAGCCAAAUCGAUCGUCAAACAAAGAAUGAUUGGGCUCGCAUGCCUCUUUGUGCUGCUAUGGACAUUCGUACCAUAUCAGUUCGCCUUUGUUAUCGUCUUUCUGAUGCAUUUCAGUACUACCUCUUCGAAUCGUUUGGACGAGAGCUUUGAGCAAUAUCGCUCCCUCUUGCUCCUUAUGCUUUGGUUGCUUCCCCUUAAUGCACCUACGGUCUUAGUUUGGGUCAGAGGGAUCGCAGUCGACUGGAAGCAUGCCUUUCGCUUCGGUUCCCAUUGGGGUUUGCUAGGGGUUAUAGGGUUCGCUCUGCUGUGCGAGGGCUGCGCGGGAGGCAAAUCCCUGAUGCAUCAUGGUUCCAAACUGUCCGAGGCGGCAUCGCUUGCGCUCGCGAUCUGCAGUUUCCUCCUAGGACCCCGUUACACAUAUGCGAUCUACAUAAUGGCAAACGUGCUAGCAAGCGCUCUGCUAUGGCACAUGUAUCGGUCGGCUCUCACUCCAUGAAACAUAUGACGAUCAUGGCCGAGGUCGAUGCCGAAAGGGGUCUUAUAGGCUACGGUCGUCAAAGGAUCCCCCUUAAAGGAAUUAAAUGACCGUCAAAUCAUGAUCCCUUUCAGGUGAACAUCGCCGAGUGCCUUUGCACAGCCGGAGCGUGGAACACCUGGACGCACUGGUGACGCAACUCU